CCUAAAAACAAAAUUCCCACACCAAAACCCUAACCCUAGAAACUCCAGGAGCACCACAAAUGGUGUGCAUACGCAAGGCCGCAAUCGACAACCUCCUGGCGAUGCAAGCCUGCAACCUUUUCUGCCUCCCUGAGAGUUGCCAGAUGAAGUACUACCUCUAUCACAUCCUCUCAUGGCCGCAGCUCCUCUACGUCGCCGAAGACUACAACGGUCGCAUCGUCGGCUACGUCCUGGCCAAGAUGGAGGAGGAGAGUAACGAGUGCCACGGCCACAUUACCUCCCUCGCCGUCCUCCGCACCUACCGCAAACUCGGCCUCGCCACCAAGCUCAUGAACGCCGCCCAGAACGCCAGGGAACAGGUGUUUGCGGCGGAGUACGUGUCGCUUCAUGUGAGGAAGAGCAAUCGGGCAGCGUUCAAUUUGUACACUGAGACUUUGGGAUAUAAGAUUCAUGAUGUGAAGGCGAAGUAAUAUGCCGAUGGGGAAGAUGCGUAUGAUAUGAGGAAGGAGCUCAAGGGGAAGAAAGUGCAUGGACAUAGUCAUGGGCAU